AUGGCUAGAACUAAACAAACAGCAAGAAAAUCCACUGGUGGUAAAGCCCCAAGAAAACAAUUGGCCUCUAAAGCCGCUAGAAAAUCCGCCCCAUCUACCGGUGGUGUCAAGAAACCACACAGAUAUAAGCCAGGUACCGUUGCUUUGAGAGAAAUUAGGAGAUUCCAAAAAUCCACUGAAUUGUUGAUUAGAAAGUUGCCUUUCCAAAGAUUGGUUAGAGAAAUUGCUCAAGAUUUCAAGACUGACUUGAGAUUCCAAUCCUCUGCUAUUGGUGCUUUGCAAGAAGCUGUUGAAGCUUACUUGGUUGGUUUGUUUGAAGACACUAACUUGUGUGCCAUCCACGCCAAGAGAGUCACCAUCCAAAAGAAGGAUAUCCAAUUGGCCAGAAGAUUAAGAGGUGAAAGAGCUUAA